AUGAAGUUUGGAAGCAGGCUCUGCACCCUGAACGUCGGUGGUCGCAGGUUCUCCUUCCCGGCAGAGCUGAUGAAGCGCCUCCCUCUCAGCAGACUCAGUCGGCUGCAUUGCUGCGUGUCGGAGAGCGAGCUGCUGGAGCUCUGCGACGACUACGACCGCGACAGGAACGAGUUCUUCUUUGACCGGCACUCGGAGGCCUUCAGCUUCAUCAUGCUGUAUGUGCAGCACGGGAAGCUGCGCUUUGUGCCGCACAUGUGCGAGCUGUCCUUCUAUAACGAGAUGUUGUACUGGGGUCUGGAGAGCUCAGACCUGCAGCCAUGCUGCCAGCGACGCCUCGACGACCGCAUGUCCGACUGCUUUGUCCACUUCUUCCCGGAGGAGGGGCCCCGGGGCCCCGAUGAGCCCCGGAGCCGCUGGCUGGAGAGGAUAAGGAGGACAUUCGAGGAGCCCACGUCCUCCCUAGUGGCGCAAAUCCUCGCCUCUGUUUCAAUGCUGUUUGUGGUCAUCUCCAUGGUGAUGCUGUGUGCAAGCACCUUACCGGAAUGGAAAACCGCUGAGACCCUGGACCAGCACAGGAUCAUUGAGGCUGUGUGUAUCGGUUGGUUCACGGCAGAAUGUAUCGUUCGUUUCCUUGUGUCUCUGGAUAAGUGGGAGUUCGUCCGUCGUCCUCUGAACAUUAUCGACCUGCUGGCCAUCACGCCAUACUACGUCUCCGUUACCAUGACGAUCUUAACGGGGGAGAACUCCCAGCUGCAGCGGGCCGGCGUCACCCUACGCGUCCUGCGCAUCAUGCGAAUAUUCUGGGUGAUCAAACUGGCGCGUCACUUUCUGGGCCUGCAGACGCUCGGCCUGACGCUGCGGCGCUGCUACCGGGAGAUGAUGAUGCUGCUGGUCUUCAUCUGUGUGGCCAUGGCCAUCUUCAGCGCGCUGGCUCAGCUGCUGGAGCAUGGCCUGGACCUGGAAGCCGGGAACGAGGACUAUGCCAGCAUCCCUGCUGCCAGCUGGUGGGUCAUCAUCUCCAUGACAACAGUGGGAUACGGGGACAUGUACCCGGUAACGGUGGCGGGCCGCGUGCUGGGCGGCCUCUGUGUGGUGAGCGGCAUCGUGCUGCUGGCGCUGCCAAUCACCUUCAUCUACCACAGCUUCAUCCAGUGCUACCACGAGCUCAAGGUGCGCUCAGCCCGCUGCUGCAACAGCCUGUCCGCCGAGUUCAUCAACUGA